CAAAUUACAGCGCUGAGGUAUACCAGUUUUAAAUAUAUUGGCCAAAAGAAUACGUCGAGAACCAUGUCGACCAUGAACCUCCGCCCCGUCGAAGGAUACGAUAAGCUCGCAACGUUUAUCGCUUCGGAUCCCGGAUUGGCCUUUUUUCGACGUUUCACCAAGUUAAAUAUUAAAAGUCUUCUGUACUAUCAAGCGGAGAUUGCGAAUCUUGAGGACGAUCUCGACUUUAUCAUCCAGAAUGACAAGGAUUCGCCAGACGAUGAAAAACAGAACUAUCCCUUCUCGGUACGAGAGUUGAAAGAUUCCAUGAGACGAGCAAAAGAGGAGCAUCCGACGCAGUGGCUGAAGAUCCUAGAAGUCCGUGAAUUGCUGGACAAAUAUAACACCGCCCUUAUCCAACAACGGGACCUCAUCCGCCUCAGUGCACCAGAUAAAUGCGACCUCGCCGUGCUACGAGACUGGCUCGACCGACCCGAAUGCGGGAAUAUGUUUUUCGAGACAGCUGCCGAGAUGAAUGUGUACCAUCCCCGAAACGAAGACGACAUGCUUGCGCUGUUCAGUAGACACGAGGGGAUCGAUGGCCUGACUCGGUGGAUAUUCAACCGAGUGGUCCCAUGGUUCCACGAGCGCUGGGGGCGGAAAUAUCUGAAACAAAGCGACGAGACAGCCAGCUGGCAAUAUAGCGAUCAAAAGAUCAAGGUGUCCACCUACAUAUUUAGUGUCCUCAUCGCGGCGGUUCUACCUGCAUCGUCCAUGAUUGUGCUAUACUUUAUCAAGGACACCGCGGUCAGAAUGAUUACCAUUAUGGUAUAUAACAUUGUCUUUUCGCUGGCAUUCGGGUUCAUGGUUAAGGCUCGACGAGGUGAAAUAUUUGCGGCGGCAACUGCGUUUGCUGCGGUGAAUGUGGCUUUGAUUUCUAAUUCGGGAAACUGUCAAUGCUGACUGACAGAUCGAUCGAUUGAUUAUGAUCUUACCAUAGAUUGCAGUCUCUUGCGAGGCUCCAGGGAUGCCGGCGGCCAACUAGGCCACGCUACGAAUAUAUACUACGAAGCUAUGGCAAUCAUGA